UAUCUUUUAGCUAUAUUCUUGCAUUACCUGAACCAACCACCAUUGGGGUUUUGAGUGAUGAGGUCCUUAUUCUAUAGUACAGUGACAAUUCCAACCCCUUCAAAAUUACCAAACUGCCAUCACUCCCUCCAUGCUGCUCACUCUCUGAAACUCCCAUUUCUCAAUUUUCUUGUUCCUUCUAAAUACCCAUUUCUUCUAAAAGAAAGCCAUAAAAGAGUGAAAAUCAAAGCUUCAAUGGAAUCAAGAACGGACCCAAGUACAAAACCAUUCUCUGUUCUCUUUGUGUGCCUUGGAAAUAUAUGCAGAAGCCCAGCUGCUGAAGGUGUUUUUACAGAUUUGGUCAAGAAAAGGGGUCUUGAUUCUAAGUUUAAGAUUGAUUCUGCUGGUACUAUUAAUUAUCAUGAGGGGAAUGAAGCUGACCCAAGAAUGAGGGCUGCUGCUAAAAGGCGUGGAAUUGCGAUAACGUCUAUAUCUAGGCCGAUUAAGCCUUCUGAUUUCAAAGAUUUUGAUCUCAUUCUUGCUAUGGACGAGCAAAACAAAGCUGAUAUACUUGGGGCUCUGGAGAGGUGGAUCCACAGAGUGCCAUUGCCAGCUGAUGCAGCUGAAAAGGUCCGCUUGAUGUGUUCCUAUUGUAAGAAGCAUGAUGAAACUGAAGUCCCAGACCCUUACUACGGUGGAGCUCAAGGUUUUGAGAAGGUACUAGAUCUGCUUGAAGAUGCUUGUGAUUCACUAUUGGAAAGCAUUGUGGCAGAGAAAAAAAUUUAGGUUCAUAGAUUUACUUUUAUCACCAGUUUUCUUACUGCCAACUAGGCAAUUGGUUAUUCAUAGCAUAUACCAUGCACUCUACGGCUCAUUGUUUCAACUACUGCGACUUGUAUAGCCAGUCUGGUUCUGGCCCAUGGUAUGCACUGAUGUGUUUAUUGUUUACCUGGCAAGUUAAGCAAAGAUCUCUAUAAAUACAAAUUUAAAUGUGAA